AUGAACAAAGCCAUGAUUAAGCAGCUCAAAAGAAAACGCCAUAAACAACCAACAGCCCGAGAUCCUGGGACUCGAUGCUCUUUCAGACCAAAGGCUGCGCCCAGGAAUUUGAAGGAGGAACAGGACCCUGGCGAGCGUGGUUGGCUGCAAAUAGUAAGCCGCAACCCAAUGAAGAAGGAAGAUCUUGGCAAUCGAAAGGUCGGACGGAGACAAGUUUCCCCGCGUAAUACUACUACUACGCAUACGACCGCCAGAUCCUACGAUCUUCAGGUCAUUACGGCUAUGUAUAGCCUGCAGCCCCAUUUCGGGGGCCUAGCGAACAGUUGGCCGUCUUAG